CGUGUCAUACACAUUAUCGUAUUCAAAAAGCUUACCCCAAUUACGACGCUGGAGAAAAAGGAGUUCCUCGUCGCAUGGUGGGACGUUGUCAAGUGUCAUCGCGCCCUCUGGAGGAGAGGCGUGCAUUACCGUGACGUCAGCCCCAACAAUCUCAUGGGGUACCGCUUAGAUGGUCGUUUUAUCAGCGUCUUCAAUGAUUUCGACUUGGCGUCGAUUAUACAAUUGUCAUCGUCGAUUAAACAACGCCCCAAAGGCUUCGAGCGCACAGGGACGGUCCCGUUCAUGUCCUUAGACCUUCUCACAGAAGAAGCUAUCGCAGGCGAAGUCGAGCACGUGUACCGGCAUGAUGCUGAAUCGUUCAUCUGGGUCCUCACCUGGAUCUGUCUUCGAUAUGAAGAGGGCAAGCUCCUCCGCAAAGGCAGACCACUGGAUGAGUGGUUGACCGUGGAUGCCAUAGCUUGUCAUAAGGAAAAAACGAGCUUUAUAUCAAAGCUGCGUCGC